AUGGUGGUAAAGGGUGGUGGUGAUGGGUGGUGGUGGUGGAUGUUGAUAGAGGGUGGUGAAAAGAUACCACAAACAAGAAUUGAUAUAUCCGCACUUCAUAUACCUGGUCGUUUGAAACUAGCAGACGAAGAAUUCCACAAUCCUGGAAGCAUCGACGUAUUAAUCGGAGCCGGAGUGUUCUGGCAAAUUCUUAAGGAUGAGCACAUAGACUUGACUCUUGGACAGCCAAGGUUGCAAAAUACGUCCUUUGGCUGGAUACUAGGAGGACAAGUGACGAAUGCGCAGCAGGACAGUAAAGCUGUAAUAUGUAACGCGUUGACGAACGAUGAAUUAAGUCAGCAGCUGGAGAAAUUUUGGCAAGAAGAGGAAGUUAUCGACACCAAGCAUUAUUCUUCAGAAGAGCAAAAAUGUGAAGAGCACUUCAAAACAACGGUGCAAAGAAAUGCCGAAGGUAGAUUCGUGGUUGGGCUGCCUCAGAGAGAAGACAUCAUUCUCGGGAAUUCGUAUAACAUGGCAUGGAAAAGAAUGCACGCAUUAGAAGGUAGAUUCGAACGGCAACCAGAAAUAAAACAAGACUAUGUGAAUUUUAUGGAACAGUAUAAAUUACUUGGUCACAUGUCGCUGAUUCAAGAUAUCGAACCCAUAAACGCAGGGGAUAUUUAUUACUUGCCGCAUCAUCCGGUUAUAAAAAGUAACGCGUUAACAAGCAAAUUGAGAGUGGUCUUCGACGCGUCAGCUCGCUCGGAAUUAGGAACAUCCUUAAAUCACAAGCUAUUAAUAGGAGCGGUCUUACAGGACACGUUAUUUGAAUUGCUGUUGAAAUUCAGACUCCAUCAAUAUGUUAUAACAGGGGACUUAGAAAUGAUGUAUAGACAGAUUCUAGUAAGAGAUCAAGAUAAGGACCUACAGAGAAUAUUAUGGAGAUCCAACAGAGAAGAGGAGAUGCAAAUAUAUCGACUAAAUACAUUAACGUAUGGUACGUCAUCAGCUCCCUUUUUGGCGGUCAGAUGUUUGAAGGAGUUAGCGAUACAAGAGAAAAGCAAAUAUCCAAUCGCAGCCAAGAUUUUAUAA